AUGCAAUUCUCCUUCCGUCUCUGUCAACUUGCCGCCAUCGAUUCGGGACCCUAUGAGGAGCAGUGUCGGCACUUGGUCUUGGAGUCUCUCUUCUCAACCCUGACGAACGUGAACUUCAAUAACUUGCGCUUCGUGCAUUACAUCUACCAAUGCGAUGAGUUGAUCAAGAAGAUGGAGGACCACCUGAAACACGGAGGAUUCGAAGGACCCGUGGCCAAUGCCACCAUCCCCAAGCUGCCACCCAGCAAGGCUGCCGGCUACACCGCCACCCCUGAAGAGGCCAAGGCCUCGACAGAGGCGCUUCUGAAGUUGGCAGCUCCCAGUGGCAUCCUGGCGCGUUCCGCCCUGGUUGGCAACGAGGACAUCUUCGGCGUCUUGGAGAUGUUGACCUAUGGCUUGAAAGGCACCUGUGCCUAUUUUUAUCACGCCGAAGACCUCAAGGCGGGCGACGCGGCGUACUCCGACGGCGAGCGCGAACAGAUCUACCAGGAGAUUUAUCGCGUGGGUGCUUAUUUGGCUGAGAACUGCUCCUGCAAACCCAAGGAAGAUGCCCUAAUGGUGGGGCUGACGGAGUGUUUGCAAAUGGGCGCGCUGAAUUUGCAGGUGAUGAAGUGCCUGGACGCCGCUCACAAUGCUCUGCUGGGAACUCCCGCGCCCACAGAGGUGACACAAGAGAAACCCGUGGGCCCUGCGAUUCUGGUCAGCGGCCAUGAUUUAGCGGUGCUUCUCCGAGUGUUGGAACAAAGUGAGGGCAAAGGAAUCAACGUCUACACCCAUGGGGAGAUGCUGCCGGCGCAUUCCUAUCCCAAUCUGAAGAAGUUCGCAACUUGGCCCAACCCACCUGUUGCGGCACACCUCAAGGGCCACUACGGCACGCAUUGGGGCAACCAGCAGAAGGCCCAUUUCGGCGCCGGCGGCCACGAGUUCCGAUACUUCCCGGGCUCCAUUCUGAUGACUUCUAACUGCUUGAUGCCGCCCAUGGGAAAGUACCGCGAGAGGAUUUGGACUUGUGGCCCCGUGGGUUUUGAGAAGUUGCCCUGGGUAGUGAACAACGAUUUUACCGACCUGAUCCAGCAGGAUCACACCGCCAUUGCCCCCGCACGCAGCGGACUCGUUCCGGGGCAAAAGCUGCAGAUUGGCUUUGGACCGGUCUGGGGAUCGCAAAAAAAACUGCUGAGUAUGGCAGAACUGGUGGAAUUGCCAGCAAUCAUGGAAUAUCUUGAGAAAUAUGGGGGAUAUAAUGGGGAUAUAAUGGUAAUAUAA